AUGGAAAACUCUACAAAUGACCCUUCUUCAGAGAAAGGAGCUACGACGCCUGAAGAUAACCAGGAAAGUACAACUCAAUAUGUGAGCGGCGUCAAGCUCGUUGCGAUCGUUUCGGCCGUAACUCUGGUUUACUUCCUGAUUCUAUUGGACAUGUCCAUUAUCGUGACAGCCAUACCCCGCAUAACUACGCAUUUCCACUCUCUCGCUGAUGUAGGUUGGUACGGAAGUUCCUAUCAGCUGGCAUCAGCUUCUCUUCAACCACUGGCCGGAAAGGUCUAUUCCAAUUUCUCGACCAAGAUCACCUUCCUUUGCUUCUUUGCAGUGUUCGAAUGCGGCUCCAUCCUAUGCGCCGUCUCGGUGUCGUCGAAAAUGCUCAUCAUCAGCCGUGCGGUCGCAGGCAUUGGCUCGGCUGGAUUGAUUAACGGCACACUGACUAUUCUGUCAGCCUGCAUGCCGUUGGAAAAGAGACCCACGGCUUUUGGUAUCAUGAUGGGCUUUGGCCAACUUGGUAUUAUUAUCGGGCCGUUACUAGGUGGUGCGUUCACGGAGUAUGUCUCCUGGCGGUGGUGUUUCUAUAUCAACCUUCCGAUCGGUGCCAUCGGCGCAGUUAUCCUCCUGUUUACCCGCAUCCCUGCCGCCAUCAAACCUCGCGACGUGACAAUAUGGGUGGCUAUCAAGAAGCGGUUCGAUCUGAUCGGGUUUGCCUUGUUGCUUCCAGCUUGCGUGAUGUUUUUCUUGGCUCUUGACUACGCUGGUCACCAGUUUGAAUGGAACAGCCCAACCAUCAUCGGCCUCUUCUGUGGUGCCGGCGUGACGUUCAUCCUCUUCGUCGUAUGGGAGUUCACUAUGGGCGGUGACGAAGCCAUGGUCCCUUACUCAAUGAUCCGUAUCCGGGCCGUCUGGUCCAGCUGCCUGGUGAUGCUUUUCUUCUUUGGAAUGCUCGAACUGGCUUCUUAUUACAUGCCGAUCUACUUUCAGUCUGUGAAAAACGCAACUCCGUUGAUGAGCGGUGUGUACAUGUUGCCGAGUAUCAUCAGCCAGUUGAUCUCGACGGUUGUGGGUGGGGCGCUUGUCUCGCGCGUGGGCUACUACCUCCCCUUCAUUAUCGUGUCCGGUGCCUUGUCAUCCAUCGGCAAUGGGCUCAUGGGUACUCUGUACGCCCACAGCUCAGACGGCAAAUGGAUCGGGUACCAAGUACUCCUCGGUUUCGGUCGAGGACUGGGCUUUCAAAUCGCUGUGAUCGCCGUCCAAAGUUCGCUGUCUGCCGACCUCGUGCCCGUCUCCAUGGCCCUUAUUUCAUUCUCCCAAACUCUCGGAGGCGCCGUUUUCCUGGCUAUGGGGGAGACACUCCUGACCAACAGCCUCAAGACAAACCUGCCAAAGUUAGCUCCCAAAGUCGACCCAAACACCGUGGUUGAUGCCGGAGCUACGGGAAUUCGCGAUGUGGUCAAAGAUCCCGUCCAGUUGGAGGGAGUGAUUGAGUCGUACGCGAAAGCCGUCAAUGUGAUCUUCUACGUGGCGGCAGCCUCAGCUGCCCUGGUAGUUUUCUUGUCGUGGGGAAUGGGAUGGAAUGAUAUUCGCAAAAAGGAGGAUCCUUCUCGGGAAUCCGAACCGUCUGCUCCGUCG